AUGGCAACAUCCUCUCCAAGCAGGCUGUUGGAGGACAUUCUCGCUGCUACUUCUCCCGCCGAGCGCCGUCGAAAGACCGAUGAGUACUACGAGCUGAUGCUGGCUGGAAGGAGUACACCAAGACUCCUGAGAGCUCUCGAGGAUCUUUCUGCAAUGCACUCGAUGACGAUGGAUGUGCAGAGGAACGUCCCAAGCAACGACAACCUUGACACCCCAUCGCGAGAUCAGUCCGAGAAGCGAGCACUAUUAUCACUUCCGAACGAGAUCCUCGGCCGAAUCUUGCACUUCGUUUUCUGCGAAAGUGCGGGGCACAUCCCCGUCCACUCCCACACCUCCCUCCAUCACAUUGUUAGUCCAGAAGUCUCAAAGUUCCAGCAGACUGCCGGUCUCCUUGCGCUGGACUCCUUGGCCAAGCUCUCACCACUGAGUCUCUCAGCCGAUCCCCUCGUCUAUAUCAGAAACCUGCGCAUCAACUUCGACCUUCCGCCAAUCGUACACAUCUUGUGGCCUGCCAUUCAACGAAGGGGCCCUGGCUUUGGCUAUAGAGAUCUGCCCUUCACGCACCCGUAUCUCACCACGGGUGCCUCUAUGGAUGAGAAGGCGGACUGGUAUCUAGCGGACAUGAGGCUCUGCAAGGCGGACUACCACCUCAGCGUGCUAGACGAGCUGCCUUUCAACAACUUUCACAGGCUGGAGCUCGGUUUUGGUGGCCUCCGCACUCACAACUCGCCGGAUUGCGCAUGGCUGUGGGCAGUUUGCAUUGGGAAGUACUUGCGUUGCAUCCGGAUCAGGAGGAGGACAAGACAGAUCGGGUUUCCGGGCGAAGAGCGAGACAUUGUGCGGGUCAUCAAGGCGAUCCUUGAGACUGGCUCGCCUCGUGCAGCUGCAUUUGCCACGGCUUAA